AUGCUUUUCACUGUACCCACGUUCCUUGGGUUGGCAGCAUUGGUGGCUGCAAAUGCCAAUGGGUUCGCCAAAAUGCUGUUUGACACAGUUGAUGACUCUCAGCUAUAUACACAGUUUGAGGGUUAUUGGAAGGAAAUUCUCAACGACAAGAUUCCUGAGGCCAGUGCCGCGCUCAAAGAGAUAGCUCACCGGAUUCUGAAGCGAGCUAACACGUUGGAAGCUGACGUUUGGGAUCAAGGUAAAUAUUUCAUCACCACAGUUCAGGUGGGAACGCCACCACAGGAAAUCAAGGUUUUGGUCGACUCUGGUUCGGCUGACUUAUUCCUUGUGGGAUCUGACUCCCCUGAAUGUGCUGUGAACGGGGGUACGCUGCCAUGUGGGGUGUUUGGGAUGUUUGAUAAGUCUAAGUCGCUGACUUUUGAAGAUACUAGUGUCGAUUUCAACAUGACAUACGUUGAUCAACUGUGGGCAGCGGGACUGUUUGGCAAAGACACGUUGACAGUUGGUACCAACGGACUUACUCUCAAGCAAGCCCAGUUCGGGGUGGCAGGACAAACGCACCAAAACACCGUUGGGGUGUUUGGUCUUUCGUACUCCCUGGUAUCGGUGGCGUCUCAGCCUUACCCCACCAUUCCUGAAGUGAUGAAGCAGCAAGGUUACAUUAAACGGUUAGCAUAUUCUUUGCACACACCUCAGGACACGUCAUCCGUUGGUCACAUUUUGUUUGGGGCGAUUGAUCAUGCCAAAUACAAAGGUGAAUUGAAGCUGAUUCCGGUAGUGCCUGAUGAUCAAGGGGUUUACCGGUCACAAAGGGUGAUGUUGACUGGUUUGAGUUUCAAUAAUGCCACCGCUAUUGAUGAAGACUCUAACUCCAGCUCCAGCUCCAGCUCUAGCUCCAGCAGUUCCAGCUCUAGCUCAUCUUCUUCCACUGAAGCGUCUUCUUCCACUGAAGCGUCUUCUUCCACUGAAGCGUCUUCUUCCACUGAAGCUUCCUCGUCUACUGAAGCGUCGUCUUCGACUGAAGCGUCUUCCUCGACUGAAGCGUCGUCUUCGACUGAAGCGUCUUCCUCGACUGAAGCGUCGUCUUCGACUGAAGCGUCUUCCUCGACUGAAGCGUCGUCUUCGACUGAAGCGUCAUCUACUGAAGUUUCUUCCACAGCCGACGUCUCCCCGUUUGUUGAAGAAUCAUCUUUUAGUGAUGUAUCGACAUCUGUCAGUGCCUCCGCUUCUGGUGAAGCUUCCACAGAAUCUUCAUCGUACAUCAUCACUUCUUCCGACAUUGCGUCAAGUGAUGACACACAGACGUCAUUGCUGGGCACAACCUUCCUGACUCAUGAUGAUCCAGUGGAUUCCCUGUCAUUAUCCGAAUUAGAGAACCCUUCUAGCUCCGGUGACCUGAUCUCUUCGUGGCCAACCCUUUCUGACGUUGGAACCACCACAACUUCUACUGGUCCCACGGAAGUAUCCACUUCCUCUAGUGUACCUACCAGCCACGAUCUGAGCCUGUGUGCUGUGGUCACUGAGGGGAUCACGACCAUUACUCCUACAGUCACCGUGACUAUUUCUUCUGGGCAACAAAAUCCCACUACUGCUAUUACGCAAGUUUCACCUACCAUCACCAACCAAGGCACCACUCAUAUUCCUCCUGCUCAAUCAAAAAUCGCUACCCCUAAGGCUCCUGGGAGUUCUGCUCUUCAGGAUGCGACCACACCCAAGACUCCUUCUGCCGAAAGAUCCACUACCCCUCAGGAAGAGGCUCCUCACAGCACUACACUUUCUUCGCUAGCUGUGGCACACCCAACUGGGAGCUCCAGUCAAUCCGAGUCUUCUGAUGACAAAUUCCAGCAAUCUCCACCCGACUUUUCGGGAUUGAUUGGCCUAGUGGGCGAGGGCCAUGUCGCUUGGGAACGUCGAUUGGAUAUUCUUAUUAGCUGCUUCCGCAACAAGUUUCUUCGCCCCAUCUUCCUGCCCAAACAUGAACACCACAAGCUUCCAUUUUUGCGGUACGGGUCGUUAUUCCGUCGUGAUCAGCCAUAUGAUGAACAAUAUGUUGAUGAUGGCUUGUGGAUUGGCGUUCGUAAGGAAGCAGCCCAUACUAAUAUCACCAUGAGUGGAGACGCUAGUGUGUUGUUAGAUUCAGGUUCCACGUUUACCUACAUGAAGCCGGGUUUAGUAAGAGCGAUCAUCACCGCCAUAGCUCCUGAUGCUCCUGUCAAGUUUUCAUCAUCUGCAGGUAAGUAUUACGAACUUCCUUGCGAGCUUCAAAAUGCUGGUCACUCAUUGACUUUUGAAUUUAAUAAUUCUCACAAGGUGACAGUACCUCUCGACAACUUCAUUACCAAGAGCGAGGAUAAGUGCAUUUUGGCAAUCUUUCAACAGUCCCUGGGCACUCUUGGGGCUUCGUUUAUGAAGCUGGUCUACGCAAUGUUCGAUAUGGAUGCAAAGACUAUCUCUUUAGCCGAGGGUGUUCAAUCCUCGCAAGAGGACAUUGAGGUGUUAAGUGCACUUUAG